AUGACACGAAUACUUCAAGGAAACUUGAAUAGAUGUUCGCUUGCGCAGAACCUACUUUACCAGCGCGUAGCUGAGGACAAAAUUGACGUCUGCAUAAUUAGCGAACAAUACCAGAGCGCCCUUGUUAAAUCAUGGUACGUGGAUAAGACGAGUACAGCAGCUAUCUGGUUAGUGACUCGGAAGAUUACUCCCGUAGAUACCGGAUCUGGGGAUGGUUAUGUCUGGAUAAAAACCCCUGAAAUGUAUAUCAUGAGCGUAUAUUUAUCUCCCAACGAAGGAAUCAGCGUGUUCCGCCAGAAGCUGACCAGCAUCGAGAACCAUCUGUGGAUUUAA